GGUAAUAAAGUGCACAUCCAUUGUGUUAGCACUAGUCUAUCCCUCUUGUGAUUUGGCCUUUUGGCGUUCCAUAAUCCGAGUGUUGCGUUUUAAUUUUGUAUGUUUUUCAGCCGCGCUGCUUCUGUGCUUUUACUUUUCCCCAGCCCCCAGAGCUGGCCAAGUCAAAAUGCUUACAGAGCUACCCGAGUUAAAGGAAGAGGAAAAGAUGAUGGAAAAAAUUGAGCGUAAAUUAAACGGUCAAUUGAUUCGUCUCCGGGAAGAAGAGAUUGCAAUAAAACGUUUGAUUCGUGAAGGAAACACUAGUUCAACACACUCAGGCUUACUGGAAGACAAUGAAAUAUAUGUUAAGGAGAUCAUUCCAAGCUUGAAUUCAAUUACCCAACGUGUUGCUAGGUUAUCACAAGGGACUAACAAAAGUUCAAUUGACACACCGGCAGCAGGGGAACUGGCAGUAAAUAAAGAACCUUUGUCCUGUUUGAGUUCAUCUCUCAUACCGGACGAGGAAUUUUCAGAGGAAGAAGAUGAAGACGAGGAGGAGGAUGAGGAAGGCGGAAGUUCUCAAAACCUAAUGGCACUCUGGAAGAGCAUGGGUCAGGAUUGAAUAAUGCAUGAUUAGUGGAACGACAUCUUGGCAAACACUAUUUGUGGGCCAUGCAUUCAGAGGAAACCAGCUGGUAUUGUUGAAGCAGCAAUAGUAAAAGAAACUCUUUACUGGUCUGACAACAUGCUUCCUUUUAAAGGUGGUACAGUACUGUAUUGUUUUAUUCCUUUUGAAGCUGCGGUUAAUGCCACAAAGAAUGAAUUUGUUGUCCCAGACUAUUGAAAACCAGUUUUUAAUAUUUAGUAUAUUUGAAGCAGUCAUGGUUAAUGCUAAUAAUCUGGUGACUAAGAUUUUUUGAUUGAAAAAUACAUGCCAUGCUUAAAUGAAGAUAUAACAGAAUUCCUUAUUGCUGCUUAACGCCAUAAUAAGAGCACAAAUUACAUAACAUUUCCUUGCAAAUUGCUAACAGUAAACAAUCAGUCUAUUAGAAGCUUCAAGGUUUUCUUUGAUGGGGAGUGCACAAUGUCAGAACAAAUUUCAUCUUUAUGUAAAUCACUCAAUUACAACCUCAGAAAUAUCUCCCAAAUCAGAAAUUACAUACAGUCUGUAUUACUGAAUUCACUACUUCAUGAUUCAUCUGAUAAGGAAAGAAAUUGUCUCCAGCUUAUUCAGAACAGGGUGACAAAACUCAUGUUCCAAGUGAGGAAAUAAUAUGACCAUGUCACACCCUUACUCGCAAGGCUUCACUGGUUACCAGUUCAUAAACGCAUCACUUUCAAGAUCCUAACUCUAAGUGCCUACCUAAUAGUGCUCCAUCGGGAACUUUCAACUCUGUAUACUCCUUCCCAUGCUCAUACUUUUUAAGCGCUGUGAGACUCCUGUAAAGAGCGCUAUAUAAAUGUUAAAAUAUUAUUACAUGUGUAUUUCUGAAGUAAAGUACUGUAGCAGUGAGGAUGGCUACUGUAAGUGUAAAGACCUUGAUAAUACAGUAUUGCUCUGAUAUUUCCUUGUGGAAGUUGCCUUAAGCAUAGAAUUUUGAUUGUUCCUGCUUGCAUCAGAACAGUAUUUGUGUUGAAGGAUGUGGUAUAUCAGCAAAGCCUUUGGACAAAUCGACAGGUCAUGAGGUCGAGUCCAAGGCCAGGUGGAGUGUAAAUGGUUAUGUAACCUAGAAGGCAGUAAUGGUGCCUGGAUUUUGCUGAUUUUGUCCAAUGUCCCUCAAAGGAAGUGGGGGAUGGCAAAUUUCCUAGCUUAAGCUCCCAGUGGGACAGGCCGACCCUAGAAAUUUUUUUGGGCAUACUGUAAUACUUUAGGUUUUAAAGUCUCAGAAAAGCUUGCAAUUCUCAAAGAUAAAAGGCACUUGGACUUCCACCCCUGAACCCCACACAAAUUAUUUUUCAAAACUAAAUACUAUUGAUAACCUCAAUAUUUAAUACUCGAUUGUCUGCAUUUUUAUUAAUUUAUCUUUUGACCAUUUGGUUUGAACUAAUUCACAUGUUCAAAUUAUUGUAUAUUUAUUAGCAUACUGUAUAGUGUUUCUCAUGAUCUCAAUAAUAAUAAACUUGAAGUAAUGAAGUUGUAUUAUAUUAUACAGUACUGGGGUAAUAUGUUGUGGCUUUUAUACGCUUCACAUUACAGUACAUCUGUUAUCCCACAUAAAAUGAGUUGCGGAAGGGAUAGUAUGCUAAAAAAUACUGUUUGCUUAACACUUGCAAAUUUUGCAAUUCAAUUACAAAAUUGAAUAGUUCAUUUAAAAUAUCAAAUUAGCUACUAAAUUCCAAUGCUGCAUGGAAUGAAAAUAAAUAGUGAUGAUUUUCUGACUUUUUACAAGAAAUAUGGAAUACUGUAUAAGCCAUAAUAUAUCAGGGUACUUUUACAAUAAUAAUGUAUGUAUAUAUUUCUUUAGCUCAGCAGACCAUUGGCAUAAUGCCUAAGAACUGUAAAUGACUCGCGGCCGGAUGUCCUGAACAUUGUUAAGUUUUUUUAGUGUGACCUUAACAACCUAUUUCAAACCAAAUUAGGCCCUUAUUUAAGCCAAAUGGUGAUAGACUUUUGCAAUAUAUUUUUAUAAAUCAUGUAUAUCAAAAUCUUUAAAAGUAUACCCUUACAAAGGUCAAAUUUUCCCUACCAGCAACCCCAGCUAAUUAAAGGGCCCUGAAGAGGUCCUUAAGAAAGCUUUACAUAUCUCUUGGUACACAAAGGACACACAGACAAGACGACAAAUAUUAACAGUGUAUGUAACAUUUUGUAAAUUGAUAUUAACUUAUUUUUGUACUGAAGGUAGAUGACAAUUAUAAAUUAUCAGUAAAUGAUAAUUAAAAAAAAAAAAAA